AUGGAAAACGUCGAUCGAUCCCUCCGUGAGGUUUCACAAGCUGUUCACAAGCUCCUUGAGAUCAACGAGAAAGGGUCAGGACCUUCGCCUAAGGAUUCUCCAGCAUCAUACAUCAGCAGCAACCCAUCAAAUAUUGCUAUCAUGUCGGAGGGCUAUCGAGGUGACUCGUCAUUCAAAGCACACGUUCACAAGGUCACGGAUGCACUGAGAGACGCCGCGUCAAAUCUUGAAUUGACUAUGGGCGACCCAACGUUCACGACCACGACACACAUUAUCGACGAGACUGCCGACAGUGAAGAAAGCAGCCCACCUUCCGACGGCAAAUCACCUUCGCUAUUCAAGAUCCAAUAUCCGGAAUUGGAAGGGAGGUCACUUCCUCCUAUCGACCAGGUCCUGAAGCUUCUGCGAUUGGCGCAAGUUGAGAAGCAGAGAUUCUUCGUGGACUGCUCAGUCGUGGAUGAGCAGGAGUUCACUGAGUUUUGCCAACGGGUCUACUUCGCAGUGAAUGACUACUCCAUCUUGUCAUGGAUAAUCGUCAACAUCGGUCUGUUCUACAUGUUCCUGAACUUGAAGCAGCCUUUUUACGCACAGAUUGGAGUCAAUUACGCAAUUAUUCAUGAGUAUUCACAGCAAUUGAAGGACAACAUAGAGGCUGCUAUGCAGUCCUUGAGGCUUUGUAACGACCCGUCGAUGGAAGCGUGCCAGGCUCUAGGGCUUUUGUACACUUUUUGCAAUAAGUCCGGACGAAGCGCUCUCGCUUGGCAAAUGAUAUCAGCCGCCUCCAGAAUGUGCAUUGAUCUUGGUUGGCACCGUCUUCCGAAGGAGGGACCAAGGGUUUCAAAGGAACGGCAAAUCUUUUGGCACGUCUAUAUACAUGAUAAAGGGAUGGCUUUUACCCUCGGGCGUUCACCGUCUAUCCAUCCAUGUGACGUUUCGACGCCGAAACCGACAAUCCCGGACGACUACGUUCCUGGCGUUCCGGUACAUCUCUAUGCUGGCUAUAUAGAUUACGCCAUAAUCGUUGGCGACAUGCAUAUCCAGCUCUUCUCGGCUUCGGCCCUUCAACAACCACAACAGAGCAGGAUCGAGACAGCAAAGUCCUUCGCCAUAAAGAUUCUACAAACGAACAGAGAUAUUCAGAAGGCGCUUCACGAUGGUCCCCCAACAAAUGACAUCUACAAAGCUCCAACGAUGCUAUUCGAUAUGAUCAUGUACAGCCUGGUCACGAUCGCAUAUCGAAUUGUGCCAUGCGAAGCACAAAACUCGAACCCACUUCAGUGCAGUAUUGCCUGCAUCGACGCAGCCCGGAAGACCUUGACAACAAUGGUAGAAGCCUUUAACGAUUGGGGUAAUGAUAACCAGACAGGUUGGGCCAUGCUGCUUAACAUAAUGUUUUCCAUGCUCCCGUUUGCUGCGUUCGUUGUGUUAGCUGGGAACACCAUCGCGACCUCGUCUACAGAUGAUCUAGCACUUCUCGCCGCCACCGUCUCGGCGUUAGAGCCGACAUCGACCAGCUCGCCAUCCGCGAAGAAGCUCUACGAUGUCUGCAAGACUUUUCACCAGCUUGCUAGCUUUGCCAUUGCCAGACGGACGGUUCUAGAAGGCACGCCCCCGGAAGCACCGGCCAUCCCUGCUUGUAUGUACGACCACCAAGCUGCGCACGAUUUUCCACUACCUCUAGGUGACUUGGGUCUUUCGGCUUAUGAUCACACAAUGGCACCUCAGGACUGGGAUACAGUUAUGAACGGGUUUGAUCUUGGGUCCGGCGCUGGAGCGAUGGCUUCUUUUGUGGAGCCGUAUAUGCCAUUCGAUGGGCGGUCGUCUUGA